UUGCAGUGCUUUUGCAGGCUCCCUUUUGUUUCUCCCUCCUCCCUGCCCCCACUGCCGGCCCUGCCUCCUCUGCAGACUGUGGCCAAGCAUCCAUACCCCAAGGUACGAAGGGACUUCUCUGUGGUGUCAUCAAUUGUACACUGCACGUUCAGCAGGCAAGCAAGCACGACACCUCUAUCGAGAGAAAUUAAGUUUCCCAAAGGUGAUCUGAGGAUGAAGCUCAUCAUGUGGUGUGUGGUGGUGGUUUUUCUAUGUUCAAGAACUAAGGAGAUGGUUAUGGAUAAAACCACAUCAUCAAGAUGGGAGUCGUAUCAGAUAGAAAAAGGAGAAAACUUCAUCCGACAUCUUAAAAGGCAUUCAGACGGAACCUUUGCCAAUGACCUCACCAACUAUUUUGAUAAGAAAAAGGCUAAAGACUUUGUGGAGUGGCUGACCAACAUCAAACGAGAAGGAUGUCGUGAGGAACUGCUUGAAAUAGCAGCAGAGGCAUAA